GAUAAAAACUUUAUAAUUUCAUUAGAAAUACAUUGCAAAACUCAAGAAAAAGUGAUUAAACCACUAAUAUGUCCAUUUAGUGAUAGUUCUUAGCGAAGUUCUACUUAUUUAUGCAUUUACAGUUAUACGCGUAACACGUAUUUUGUGCAUCGAGUUCUCUGAGCAUUGAAUUAGGCCACAUAGCGAUCUCUCCCUAAAAUACCGCUGUUCUGGCUGUCGACGUAUCAACUAACUGGCGGGAGAUGUGCAGAGCGUGUGACCUGGUAAUGUGAUGUCAUCAAAAGGGGAAACCGAGGCCGACUCCGGCACCGUGUCGCCGAAUUCUGUAGUCGUCAAAAAUGAACCGAUUGCAACAGCCAGUAAAGAGACUCCAAAAAGAGGCAGUGGUACACUGUUAAAAUGCACGACGUGCAACAGCUUUAGCACUCUAAGCAGCCGCGCAUUAACCACACACAUGGCGCAGUGCUCACCCGACAAUAACAAUGUGGCGGCGGCGCAGAACGCGGACGCGCGCCCGCACAGGAAACUGUUCGAGUGCGACGUCUGCAACAUGAAGUUCUCCAACGGCGCCAACAUGCGUCGCCACAAGAUGCGACACACCGGAGUAAAGCCCUACGAAUGUCGCGUUUGCCAAAAAAGGUUCUUCAGAAAAGACCACUUGGCCGAGCACUUCACCACCCACACCAAGAGCCUGCCGUACCAUUGCCCUAUUUGCAACCGAGGUUUCCAACGCCAGAUCGCAAUGCGCGCACACUUCCAAAACGAGCACGUCGGCCAACACGACCUCGUCAAAACUUGCCCCUUGUGCAGCUAUCGCGCCCCGACCAUGAAGAGUUUGCGAGUACACUUCUUCAAUAGACACGGUAUCGACCUAGAUAACCCGGGACCAAGCAAUAAUUCUGUGUCGCUGCUCGCCGCCGGCAUAGCUAACGCGGCUUACGCUGAUGGCACCAUGGAUCCUAAUACCAUAAACGCCCUAGGUGCCUUAGGCUCUGGUCUGUCCGUGUCCGUAGCGGCCGCGUAUUCCGAUAGCGGGGACAGCAACGGAGCCAGAUCCGUGGAUAACGCCACACCGCCGAUGCACUAUCUGACUCCACACGUAGAGAUAUCAAUGGCUGACAACAACGAGACUUUUUCUCCGGGUCAGGCCAAUCAUCUUGGGAACAAUUCAGAUUCGCGCAUGAACGGCGAGGGUCCAAGUUCGCCGCAGUCGGGCGACAGCGCCGUGGCCAGCAGCUCGCUGUCCGCCGGCCUCCCCACCAACAUCACUCCCUCCAUCACUCUCAUACCCAUAAAACAGGAACCCAACGCUCAAGAGGAAUCGGGCGCGGGGGGCGAGGGCGAGGCGAACGGCGGCGACAAGCGCGGCGUCUCCUCAAGUCUCUCGUCGCUGAUCAAAGUGUCGCCGCUGAAAAGCCUGCUGCGGGAAGACCUGCGCCGGCGCAUUUCUGCUCGCGGUCGCGCUCGGGGCUCGAACGCCUCCCGCGCGUCCCCGUCGGAAGGCGGCGUGAUCACGUCGACGCACGGCGACGCCGCGCUGCUGCCGUCCUCGCUGGUAUGCACGUUCUGCUCCAUAACGUUCCCCGACUCCACCCUGUACUUCCUGCACAAAGGCUGCCACUGCGACUCCAACCCUUGGAAAUGCAACAUCUGCGGCGAGCAGUGCUGCAACGUGUACGAGUUCAACUCCCACCUACUGAGCAAGAGCCACCAAUGACUGCUUGCUGGGGGGCCGUUUGAUCACUGACUUUGUGUUCCAUGAUGCACUUUCUCAUUACGUGUGCAUAGUACGUAAGCACUUCGAAAGACAUUUAUACACUUCUUUAGUUGUACCUUUUCCGUCUUCGAUCUUCUUUGUCGUAUAUCUUCUGUGUGCGUGUGGUAUAUUUUGUGCUGUCCGUGUCUCGCACGAGGUUAGGCAGAAGUGCUUCGAACAUGCUACGCUGAACGUCCCCCCGAAGCUGUUUUAUUUUUAAAAAGUGCAAAUUACGUCAAGGUAUAUUUUAGUGGUUAAAAUAGUUAAUUGCGUGAAGAUAUUUAUAUGGAUAUUCUAGUACUUAAACGAAAAUGGGUAUGAGAUAAAUAAUAUAUGAAUUAAUAUGACGGGAGAUUAACGCUCGGUACGAACGUUUGAAAUUAAGCUGAAGGCAUUGUAAAUCAGCAGAAAUUAUUUUUACAUUCCAAAUUGUGACGUAUGCAUUCCAUAUUGUAAGAUUUGUCAAAAAUGUUCAAGUCUUUGGUGGGGAAUGAAGUGACUACCUACUUAAACGUUGACUUAAAAGUUAUUUUAUUUAUUAUUUCGUUAUGUGGUACUUGACAGUACUGUGCGUGAUCUAUAUUAAAUCGAAAUUUAUAUAGUAUUUUGGUGCGAUAGAAAAUUCUACAAAGUUUAUAUAAAAUCUAUCGUAAAGAGUGUACAAAUUAUUAUAUUUUUACAUUUUGCUGUUGACAAGACGAUGAAAAGGCAAAGCCUGAUAUCUCCGUGAUUAUUUAAUUGAUUGUGAUCGUGUACAGACAGGAAUUAUAAAUUCUACAUUCCGUUAUUUAUGUGUUCUUUUAUAUGCAUGUAAUGCAAGUCCACGACUUAUACUUAUGUACAAGUGAAACUUAUUUGUUAUUAUUUAUUAUUUAAAAAACUACGAUGUACUUAAAAGCACCAUUAUUUUCUGGAUUUCACGUUUCAUUAACAUUGGAUUGUAGAUUUUUGUAUAUAAAUAAGCCCUUCCGUAGAACCCUUUGCUCAAUAUUCAAUUAGGCUCAGUUUGCGAGCCCGAGCCAGCUAGAUAAUCUCGCACAAAAGCAUAAUACUGUUUUUUUUCACCUUCAGUCGCUCUGUAGUUUGAGAAGAUGCGUGUGCUUAUGUUGGUGCAAUUAUUAAUUUUGGUUCAGUAUAUUUACUAUCACUUAGGUAUAUUUACAACAAGUACUUAUUAAAAUAUAUAGUUAUUUUCUAUUUCUAAGAGGAUAGAAGUGCUCAACCACACGGUAUAGAAAGGUUAUUGAAAAUUAUAUAAAAAAUCUGUGGUAUAUUAAUUUCCUUGUGUGCUGAUUAUGUUUACGGAGACAGUUGAAAACUGUAUUAUAGUUUAUUAUUAUUUUAUUAAGAAGCUACUGACUUAACGCAUUCCUUCGUCUGCCCCCAUUAUGUUUUGAAAAAGAGAAAAGAAAUCCUGAGAUUUACAUUCCUUUAGCUCUUAAGUACUUAAUAUCGGUUGUGGUCUUGCCUGUUAAGUUUACGAAAGUUUUCUUAGAUGGAACUGAAAUUAUGUUUACCAACGAAGUUAUGUAUUGUUUUUGUACGAGGCCACCAACUUAUCUGGCUACAUGGUAGGUGUCGCUAAUGUCGCUAGCUAAAAUGUAACUGACAGUCCAUUUGACGUUCUGAAACGUAGUAACGUUAGUUCCUUUUACUGCCACGGGGCGGAUAAGUUGGCGGCGUUGUAAUACGGCCAUCGGCGCGCGGUAGCUUCAAGCGCGGACGCCGCGUAGUAGUGAGUUACCUAAAACGAGCAACACGUAUUUAUUUAUAGAGAUUCUUAUAUUUAUUUUGUUUCACUGUUGGUUAUGUACAAUAGGACUGUUGCUUAUGUCCUUUGGUGUCUACCGCCGCGCCGUAAUCGUAGUUGUUUAAGCUUAGAUAAUCUAAGAGCUAUUAAUCAUUAAUCGGUAACCCCGUUGGGCGCCUUUACCUAAUCCGUCCAUAUCUAACGAUAGAUAUUGCCUUUAAUAUUUAAUAGAGUAAUAUAUUUUAUAGAUUUUAGAUAUAGUUAAGAAAAGAUCUUAAGUAUAAAAUGUUUACAGAGUUGAAGAGGUUUAAAAAUGUAGUUAACUAUUUAUCAUUUAAAUAAAUGGAUAAUGUUGUAAUGCCGGACGGAUCGAAAAGUGUUCCUAGACCAAUGUGCGAAGAAAUCGGGGAGUGCAGUUUGAUUUGUUCGCAUUACAAAUGAUGUUGUUGAUUGUUGCGAUGUAAAUGUUUUAUUUCUCGUGUGGUAGAAUCACACUUACUUGAAAGUAUUGAUCGUUGUUCAGAUCAGUGAAUGUAACAUAGCGUCGAUCAUGUAUCUGAUAUUAUUACAGUAUUUUUAAAAUAAUGAUUCUUAAUGUAUUGAUUUUAAAGACCAUACUCGUUUAGCUACCUUGUACGUUUGGGCAUAAAAAUUAAUAUUUCUUCAGGAAAAAUAUUAUAAGCGCCGAAAACUUUAAGGAUUUUCUUUACAACACAGGAAGGUUUGUUUGAAAUCACCUAUAAGUGUAAAGACUGCAUGCUAUUUUUCAAUCCGACCCAUGGAAUAUAAGUACUGUAUUUUUGCGAUCAAAGUAAACUUAUCAUAUGUUUACAAAGUAGCAAGUAGUUUCCUAUAAGGUCUACAACAAUGUCAUGUAGGUCGAAGAACUGAGAAACUACAGGAACACACAUUCUUUACAUUCAAAGUUCUUUUCGUUUUUCUUUCACAUUUUCAAAUUUGCUAUGUGGCCAUCUUUUUCAUCAUCAUAAUAAACCUAAAAAACCAAUUGAUUUGUUCAUAUUUUUAAGAUAUUCUGGCGCUUAUUAUGUUUCUCUCAAUCUUUAUUAAGACAGCAAUGGAUACAGAUUUUUCAGUGUUGUUACGACUCUGAUGUUUUUAGAAAGCAACACCUUUUUACUCACCGUUUGAAAUCGACACUCUAUCAACAGACGUGCUUUAGUAUAGCGAUCCUCACCUUUAUACCAAAACACAGCUUACCAACAUUUUAAUGUCGUUUAUAAGUUUGUUAUCGAUGUAAUUUUAAGAUAGAAAAAUAACAUGGUUGAAAACAAGUAUUGUAACUAGACAGAUGAUAACAUCGUUGAUAUUUUGCUGUUACAUUGAUUACGUUGUCAAUAUUAAGAGAUAAAUUAAUAUUUUACUAAUAUAUAAAGGGUAAUAUUUAUGAGGAACCAGUUUUGAACUAAUGAGUGAUAGUAUACUUAUAUCAAAUUAGAAGAUUGUGCCUUAGAUCAGUUAUAUGAAAUACAUACAAACAUUUUUGAUGUUUGUUUGGUAUCGUUUUUAGAUGUGUGCAUUUAAAAACUAUUGUCACAUAUAAUAAUGAAAAGUUAUAUUUACACGGAAAUUAAAUACAGCAUUAAAACAAUGUUAAUUAAUUUUAUAUAGAGGAAAAUGUUUGCAAUAUGGCUGUUUUGCUUGUU